UUUGUGUGUGGAUCUGCGAAUUCCAUACAAAAUAUUUUUUAAUAGUUUUCUAGAAAAGUGAAAAAAUGGGUUCCAGAGAAGAACUUGUGCCCAUAACGCAGUGUUCGCACCAUAGUCAUGCUUCCAAAUGUCCAGAAAGUCAAACUGUGCAACAAGCGGAUCCUACGGAAAAAUUACCAUUCCGUUUCGCGCCGACAUUUUUGCUUUUUUGGUUUGUGCUUUUAGCUGCUGUCUCAGUGCCUAUGUUUUUGCGUUUACCGGAAGGUCUCACACUAGUGGAGGAAUAUGCACAUCCUAAUGAAUUUAUAGCUGAACGCGCACAACGUAUACUCUAUGAUUUGGAACGUAUUGGACCUAAAAUUGUAGGAACCUAUGCGAAUGAAAAUGUGACAUUGCAAUUACUUCUAGAUGAAGUUGAUAAAAUCCGUACUGUGAUGAACAAUGAUAUGUUUUUGAUGGAAGUUGAUGUACAACGCGUUUCUGGACAAUACAUGCAUUGGGAAAUGAUUAAUAUGUAUCAAGGUGUACAGAACUUGGUGGUGAAAUUGAGUACACGCAGCUCAACAAGUACGUCUUCUUUAUUGAUUAAUAGUCAUUUCGACUCCAAGGCUGGCAGUCCAGGUACUGGCGAUGCUGGCGCUAUGGUUGUUGUAAUGUUGGAAACUCUACGUGUACUCGCAACGAGUCACGUACCUUUCAAGCAUUCCAUUAUAUUCCUUUUUAAUGGUGCUGAAGAAACUCCACUACAGGCCUCUCACGGUUUUAUAACACAACACAAAUGGGCACCGUCUUGCAAAGCUCUUAUAAAUUUAGACUCUGCUGGUAGUGGCAAUCGAGAACUUUUAUUUCAAUCUGGACCCAACCAUCCUUGGUUAAUGAAUACUUACCGCAAACAUGUUAAACGCCCAUUUGCAACAACAAUGGCAGAAGAAGUUUUCCACGCGAAUCUUAUACCUUCUGAUACAGAUUUCAGAAUUUUCAGAGAUUUUGGAAGCUUACCUGGUUUGGAUUUUGCACAUUCUUAUAACGGCUACGUCUAUCAUACUAAGUUCGAUACUUUCGAUGUUAUACCCCGUGGUAACCUUCAACACACUGGUGAGAAUUUACUUAGUCUAUCCCGUGGCUUUGCUAAUGCACCUGAAAUGGAAAAUCCAGAGCUACACUCAAAGGGUCACACAGUUUUCUUCGAUGUUAUGGGUAAAUUUUUCAUCUCUUACACCGAAACGCAAGGAAAGAUUAUAAACCUCUCGGUAGCUGUCGCUGCAAUAAUACUUGUUGUUAUAUCUAUACUACGAAUUGCUACAGCCUCCCGUGCUCCAUCAUCCGAUGUUUGGUCACAAUUUUUGUUGAUUUUUAUGUUACACAUUCUAGGUUUCGUCCUAGCUGUUGUACUUCCGAUUAUUAUUGCUACGUUAUAUGACAUGGCUGAUCUCUCAAUGACUUGGUUCACAAAUAAAUGGCUUGUCAUAGGUCUGUAUGUGUGUCCAGCACUUUUUGGUUUAGCUGCGCCUACUGUAUUCUACCUAAGCCUUAGUAAUAAUCAAAAAAUUGCACAUUCCUACAAACUACAAAUGGUGAUGCAUGCACAUUGUAUUUUAUUGGCCAUCAUUUGUAUCUUACUUACCUUAUAUGGUAUACGUAGCACUUAUUUACCUAUGCUGUCAUUAGGUUUCUACGUUUGCGCAUUACUGCUCAACUUGAUAACUACAUUACAUGAUCAGGGUUAUUCUUGGUCGAUACUCUUAAUUAUAGGACAAUUGGCACCAUUCUUCUAUUUCACAUUUUUGAUUUAUGAGUUAUUGUGCACUGUUAUUCCUAUGACUGGUCGUAAUGGUACAGCUAUUAAUCCCGAUCUUUUGAUUGGUAUCUUAACUUUAUUAGGAACAGUGUUAUCUAUGGGUUUCAUUAUACAUUUAAUAAGUCUUUUCCGUCGUCCAAAGUCAGCUCUAUUUUUGUUGAUAGGAGUUAUGAUCAUUUUUGUGAUUAUUUCCUUAACUCCUGUUGGUUUUCCAUAUCGCGCAAAAACUAGUGUUGGACGGGUGAAUUUCUUGCACGUUCGCCGCGUAUUCUACGAAUAUGAUGGUACAGUGAGCAGGAAUGAGUCUGGCUAUUAUUUCGAUUUCCAAGAUAGACGUAUACACUAUCCUAUUGAAAAUGCUCUCGAUUUAAGUAAACUAAGGGUUGUUACACAAGAUUGUGAAGAGCACAUGAUGUGUGGUUUCCCUGUAUUUAAUCAUAGAUGGGCGAAGGCACGCAAUGAAGGCAGAUGGUUACCAACAGAACAACCUGUUCACAUACCAUUCACACCAACCUUAACACUACUUAAUCGAUCCGUCGAUGACGUCGCUAGGAGAGUACGUUAUGAGUUCGAGCUAAAGGGUUCAACACAUCAUAGUCUGUUUGUACAAGCAUUGGAUGGCGUUACUAUAACUGAUUGGUCAUUCAUUAGAAAUAUGUUGGAACAACCAGAUAAAUGGCAACCACCUUAUCAUAUCUUCUUUGAUUAUUGUGCAGAUGAUACACCAUUAAAAUUCUAUUUUGAAUUGAAGAAAACAAGUGGUUCACUUGAUGGACCACUCUUCGAACUUGGAGUUUCCACACAUUUCGUUAGUUUUGAACAUGAUCGUGGGGCUGCUGGAGAAGAGUUCAUUAGAAGUUUCCCGAAUUACAUACAUGUUAUGGAAUGGCCCAGUUUAUAUGAGAGACACAUAUUCUAAUAUAUAUUUGUAAUAUUAAAUAGUGUAAUAAAUAUUAAGUGUAUUAAAACAGUAUCUGUUUGAUUUAAGUAUUGAAGUUAUAAGUAA